AUGUUAUUAAAAUCUCUCUUUUUACUCUUUCUUACAGCAAUUGCUUUUGCAUCUGAACUCCAGAUUGGAAUCUUAACUUCAGUACCUGACGACAAGUGCAAAGUUAAAUCAAAGCCUGGUGAUCUUAUUAGCGUUCACUAUGAAGGUAAAUUAGAGGAUGGAACUGUCUUUGAUUCGUCGUAUUCCAGAGGGCAGCCAAUUUCCUUCCAGUUGGGCAUUGGUCAGGUUAUUCAAGGUUGGGAUCAAGGAUUGACUAGAAUGUGUAUUGGUGAAAAAAGAAAAUUGACUAUUCCUUCUCAUUUAGCGUAUGGAGAUAGAGGUGUUGGUCCUAUUCCUGCAAAAGCAACUCUUGUUUUUGUUGCUGAGUUAGUUGAUAUUGCUGGCUCUAGUAAACAUGAUGAGCUUUGA